GUGUGGACAGACCUAACAUGUGCCGCACAUGUCAGAGAGAGGCGUAAGGAACAACACAAACCAUAGAAUGGCUGCUCAGAGGUCCUUCACUUGAGUGAGGUGCAGUAUUUUGGUGCAAAUUGCGUUAGUCUCUUUAGAACCAUAGGUUGCGCCUUGGGUGGAGAUGAGCGAUAACUUGUGUGAAGAGAGAAGGCUGGGUGUCGUUAAAGAGGAAGUUCAAGGAGGUGAAAAAAUGGAGGAGCAGCGUACUGUCAACUUCAUGAGACUCUUAUCAGACGAGAGCACUCACUCCACCCUGUCUGAAGACUCCUGUGAGUACUAUCAGACAGAGAUAUUUGAUCAGCUGCCCAGCAUCCAGGCAUGCCGGCCUGGGCAGCGCACACAGGGCUUUUUGGAAGUCUGCGAGGCCAAGCGGGACAACACAGAGCCGGGGGAGAAGCUCCGCAAUCGCCACCUGUCCAGAGGAUCCAGAGACAAGGAGCCUAUGCAGCCACUCAGGAAUUUGGCCUUAUGUAUUCAGGCGAAGCAAAGUGCCAGGAUUCAGAGGAAGAUGCAAAUUAGCAAUAUUGGAUUUUGGGAGUCCUGGAGGCGGAGCCAGAGAAUAAACAGGCGGAGGGUUUGGGAGCAGAUGGGAGGAGCUCUGUCAGGCAUAUUGCCAUGGCAGCACAUGCUCCAUGCCAUCGAAGGCAGGUUUGGAGUUGGCGUGAAGGCCUAUUUUGUUUUCCUGAGAUAUCUGAUUUACUUAAACCUCCUGCACUGUGCUCUGGUCUGGGGUUUCAUCCUGGGGCCGACAACAUUUUAUGGCAGGAGCAAUGGCAGUGAACCUUUGAGAUUUGGAGGCAAUGAUUCCGUCUUAGAUUUCUUCCUGGGAAAGGGCUAUGUGGAUCGUUCUCCGGUCUUCUAUGGUUUUUAUACACGAGGCUCGCUGAAUCUGUCGUGUUUAAACACACCCCUGCUGUACCUCACUGGAAUCCUCACCAUCCUCUUCCUCAGUCUCAUCAUGGUGGUUCGGAGAACCACAGUUGGCUUCAAGCACAGGUGGAUGCUCGGGAAGCGUUACAGCAUGAAUGUGAGCUACAAGAUCUUCUGUGGCUGGGACUUCACCAUCCUGGACCCGGCUGCAGCGACUCUCAAACAGAGCUUCAUCAGGAAUGACCUCAAGCUUUUUUUGGAAGAGCAGAGUUUCUCCUUGCGAGAAGCUCAGAGGACACUCGGACAGAAAGUGCGUCUCUACCUGCUCAGGUUAAUCCUCAACGUGCUUGUUCUGUCUCUGCUGGGUGGAGCCUUCUCCCUCAUCUUCUAUGCCACGGAGACGUCGCUGAACGAGAGUGGUCACCACUGGCUGGUCAGUCUGUUCCUCCAGUAUCUUGCUCCCAUCACCAUCGCCUUCGUCAACCUGCUCCUCCCUCACGUCUUCCGCAAGAUCUCGUCUUUUGAAGACUACUCUUUCACCGUGCAGGUGAACACCACGCUGGUGAGGAGCAUCUUCUUGAAGCUGGCCUCACUGGGAAUCUACUUGUUUUUCCUUUUCAAAACCACAAAAGAAGAUCAGCAUCACUGCAGGGAGAACCAGUUUGGCAGAGAGGUGUACAAGCUUUGCAUUUUCAACUUCCUUGCCACUUUCUGCACUGCCUUUCUUCUCAACUACCCCAGGAAGCUGGUGCAGGAGAAGUACCCCACGUCCUUGCUGUCCCGGUUGUCUGGGAAACAACACUUUCUGAUCCCUUUCAACGUGUUGGAUGUGGUGUACAGUCAGACUGUGUCCUGGGUGGGAAUCUACUACUGCCCUCUGCUGCCUCUCAUAGGAACUGUCACACUGGUGGCCACAUUCUACAUCAAAAAGUUCACUGUCCUGCGAUGCUGUGUCGCAGAGGACAGAAUGUUUCGAGCGUCCACGUCCUCGGUGUUAUUCCACUUCAUGCUGCUGCUCGGUCUCAUCAUGGCUGCAACCACAGUGGGCGUCGACCUCUAUCAGCAAGAUGCCACACUGAACAGAAUGUGCUCCCGUGGUCCAUUUGGAAAUGGAGAAACGGUGUUUAAUGUUGCCGGAGUGUGUGUCGAUAGUCUACCGAGCCUUGCAAGGAGCACCCUCCGCUACCUGGCCUCUGAGGCCUUUGCCCUGCCGCUCAUACUCGCUGAAAUAAUAAUCUUAACCUCAUAUGUGUCACGGGGACGAGCCAAUCAGAAGGCCAUCGAGAGACUGAAAGACAUGCUGGUGAUGAGUAGUUCAGACAAGCGUUUCCUGGUGAAACAGCACACGACGCUGCUCAGGCGUCACGGGGACAAGCGCAGGGCGCGUGCUGCAGCCGCCGGGGAGGACAGCGUCGUCAGUGGCUGAAAAGUGACAUUGUCACAGAAGAAAAUGACUUCCUCUCAAGACAGAGCCUGGCUCGUCUGACCACAGCAUGAGCUGCCUGUAAAUAAAUACAUCAAAAAAGUCUCACUUUUAGAGUUAUAUGAGACACGGUGAUGCUAAGAGUACAGUUGUUAUGCUCUAAUCCAGGCACGUCCACAGUUCGGCUGUUUUAUAAUGUAUUAUUUAUGGCCCGGUCCCAGGUUGGCAACCCGGCCAUGACACACAGAUUCAGGCAUUCACCUCCUAUGAUGUUAUUAUGAUAUUUGACUCCAGAUGUGUGAGAAAGGCAGGAUUUCUUUUCAUGUGUUCACUCCUGCGUGGCUUAGAUUUGGUUACAUUGCCAUUUCAAAAUGAUAAUGGUUGCGAUGAAAAUAAAAAAAUAUUAUAAAACAGUACAUUUGUGCGGGUCUGAAGGGACCAUUGGCCCCCGGGAAUCUUCACAAACGUUUGGACACCUAUACUCUAAUCCAAAAACCAGAGUGCUCGGAAAAACUUCACUAAAAACCAGUACUUGAACCGGGUACCGUCUUGCUGUGAGGCAACAGUGCUAACCACAAUCCCACACAUAAACAUCAUUGAAAAAGAUUCCUGCAUCAACUUGUUUUAAACGGGCCGAGGUCUUACCAGGUCUUGUAAAGAGGGGUGAAGGAAAAAGAUGUCAAGUGAAACUGCUGAAUUUCCUGAAGAUCUUUUGUGAAAAUUAAAAACCUACUUGGAACUUC